AUGGAUAUCAUUUUAAAUAACAUAAAAGAAUAUAUAAAUAUUUAAGACAAAGAAUUUACAAAUAAGUUUUCAAACAUUUUACUAGGAACAUUUACUAAAUUCAGUGUUUGGCAAUCCAAAAUGAUAAAUCUUAAUAAAAAAUUAUUAUCAGGAUCAUUAUUAAAUCAAAAUUUAUUAAGACCAUUCAUUGAAAGAAUACUUUAAGAAUUACAAUCUAAUUUACAAUUGAUAUCUCAAAAUAUUGAACAAAUUUUCUAAGAAUUAAACUCUAAACUAAUUCAAUAAAUUAACAAGGUAGAAUAAUUCAAUCGUUAAUAUGAAUAAUUAUUUGCAGUUGAUAAUUUUGUAAAUUAGAAAAAGCUAAGUAUCAUAUAUGAUUUUAGUACAUCUUUUAGUGAUUAUUAAAAAGUAAUUGCUAGUGAUAAUUAAGUUGUAAGUAAGGUUUUACACAUUAAAGAUAAAAUAUUAGUGAGUAGUUUUGAUAAAUCGAUUUCUAUUUGGAAUAAAAAUCUAUAAUAAAUAUAAAAAAUAAAAGAUGUACACUAAUCAUGGAUUAGAGCUAUUACAUAUUUUAAAUAUAAUGAAUAAGAAUAUAUAUUGAGUUGUGGAGAUGACUAAAAAUAUUCAAUAUUUAACAUAGACAUAAAUAAUAAUAAUUAAGUGUUGUAAUUACAUCAGGAGAUAAAUACUCUUGCUUAUAGUAGAUAGGCUAUUUUUUAUAAGAAUAGUAUUUUCAGUCCAGGAGGUUAAAGAUAAAAUCACGAUAUCUUAUGUUACAAUUUAGAUAUAAAUCAAUAUUCACAAAAAUUUAAAUAUCAUAAGAAUAUGUUAUUAAAUUUAAAGUAGAUUGAUUCUGACAUUCUAAUAUCAACAGAUUGUUCUGGGUAUACAGUAAGAUGGUCAAUUUCAAAGAGUUCAAAAAUUCAUCUGAGAAAGUUGAAUAAUUUAAGUUGUUCAGAAUAUGAAAAGAAUCUUAAUUUCUUUGGAACAGAAUAUGGUAAAAUUAUGAUAUGUAAUAAUAAGAGUAAAAUAUUAAGAAGUAUGAAAUUAUCAAAAUCAAAAAUAUUACACAUUUUAUAAUUGGAUUUUGAUCAUUUAAUAUUUAUCUGUAAACCUGAUUACUUUUGUUUGUAUCAAAUAAAAUCAAAUGAAUUGUUAUUGAAGAUUAAAUUAUUAGAGAUAGAUGAAAUAACUGCAAUAAAUAUAAAUAUUCCAUAAAGCAUAUUGAUUUUGGGAGACAAGAGAGGAAGAGUGUUUUUGUAUAAUUUUAGAUUGUAUUUAACAAUAAAAUGA